AGGAGGUCCGUGGUCGUGCUCAUGUUCAAUCGCCUUAUUGAUGUUCUGUCAUUGUGGUUUGGUUGUUGGCUAUUUGUGAUCAUGCAAUAGAGUUCUUGCGAUAGCGAUAGCGAUUAGAGCUUAUUUCCUGACGCAUGUGCACUUUGUUCGCUUCAUCUGCAGGGUGUUUUUUCUCUGUUGUGUGCGUGAAAAAGAUUGUGCCUUGUCAGACGAAGGUGCUAGCACUGUGCGGCUACUUUACCUCAUUAAUUGACUUCUGCCACACGAGGUCUGAUUCAAUUCCGUAACACACAGAAACAAAAUGGAGACGUUGGAGGAAGAUCUCGAUGCGGUGUUGACGCAGUCAAGAUCCAUCUGGAACCCUCUGAAGAAGCGGACUCUCACCCUCCGCGAGCUGCAGAGAGCAAAAGACGAGUUGCAGCGCGCCAGUGCGCCGCCGACACGAACCGACUUCUACCACCCGCCAGCCGAUGUUGCUGACGGGCUCCUGCGGACAACGAGAGGCGAGCACGAUUUUUUGGAUGGCGCAGAAGAAGAGAAAGGCGACGGGUUUCUUUCCGGAGGGGACAGCACCACGAAGUCCCGCGAUGUAGCUGCUGCUGGCGGCGCUCCGGGUGCGAGUCAGAACAGCCAGACCGGCCCUAAGCCCCCCGGGUUGAACUUGAACGGCGGUCAGCCGGGUCCUCUCGGGGGCAACGACUACCACUUUUCGAGUACGAGCAACACGCCGUCCGCAACGCCCCCAGCCUCGGGAAACAAGACGCAGUCGAAAGAGUCGAACGGGCCGACGUCCCAGACCCAGCAGCCCGAGAGCAUUGGCGAGAUGAUGGAGCGGAGGCAAAAGGACAAGCAGAAGAAGCGGUCACUUUUGGACUACAUGAAGGAGUUUGAGAAGUUUCUCACCCUCGAGUCCGCGAAGAACCAAAAUAAGGGCCACUUCCUGAACGACAAGCGGCUGCUGAAAAAGCUGAUGGACUUUUUGGACAAGGGGAACUUUGACAUCAUGGCGGAUUUGGGGCAAACGAACGAACCCUACGCGGAGCCCUGGAAGCUGCUCACGGUGUACCAGCUGGCGACCCGGCACUUGCAGAAAAUCAAGCACGGGCGCUGGUUCGAGGACAAGAACCUGGCGGAGUAUUUGAACUUUUCCGUCGAGGAACGAACCCUUCUGCGCAGGCUCUACUUGCAGCUUUGCCAGGCACACAAGGUAAGUUAGUACUCACUGUUACUACGUGAACUUUUUCUCGUUUGCCUUUCUGAUUCGAACCUCUCGGCCGCACGUUCGCUUCGAUCUAGAACUGGUAGAACGCUUGCAUGUCGCGGUGUUUUGUUCCAACGUCGCACAAGCUGACCGUCAAUGCAAUGAAUUACUUGCACUACCAGGAUGCCCGCAUCGUGGCGCAGCUACUGCAAGGGAGGCGGAAGACCGGGAAGUUGCUGAAAUCCCCAGGCAGCGACUCCGACUCGAGUUCCGCUAGCCCGAGCCCCCGGCCGUCCUCACCGGAAGAGGGCGACGUGGACAGUCUGGCGUCGGACGAACUGUUGACCAUGGACCCGGAAGACUUCGCGCCGCCGGACGUCCCGCGCGUGGCGCGUGGCUCGCCACUGCAACUGAACAAGGAAACGGGAAGAUUGGAGAUGCCCGAGGGCAUGAAAAGUCCCAGCGGCCACACUGACCAGGUGCACUUCGAUCCCAACAACCCGGAGGUCUUCAACUUUCUUCCCGGCCAGUCCUCCGCCGCUAAUUUUGGGGUGCAGUUCAGCGUCACCGAGCCGGUGGAGAAGACGAGGAGAAAGCUGUACCAGGUGCUGACCCCGCGCACCCGCAGAAACGUCCGCGCGGAGGAGAAGAAGGGCCGCAUCGACGCCACCGCGCUGUCGCUGUACGCAAAGUGCGCAGUGCAGUGCUUCCGGCUGAGUCAGCAGGCGGGGAAGUGUGUGUCCACCUUACAAAACACGCACUUUCUGGACAUGAACGACGUGGCAUACACCGCCGCAGACCCGGCGGCACUGCUGGUAGCCCUGGAAAACGAGCAGCUGACCGAAGAGGAGGCGGAGCGCCUGCACUACGAAGCGCAGAUGUUCGAUCUGAUCACGCGGUCGUCCGCGAAAAACGCGGUGAGAAGGUUGCCGAGGUGUCAACCCCGGCCGGAUUUCAAUGAGCCGCAGCUGCCGAUCGAAGUUUUGGUCAACCUGUGCUACAAAUUCGGACUGGUAACCGAGCGGUUCGAGGCUCGGCGCUGCGUUACCGAGUACCUAGAGAACCACAACAAAUUUCUCGAGGUUUACCCGCGAGCCAGCGGGCUGGCGAAGGAAGACCGGAGCUACGCGCAGUUCACGGAACGGGUCUCGACCGUGCUGCAGGCGCGGAAAGCACUGCAGUUUGAGGACUUUUUGAACGUGUUGUCGUGGAAGAGCAAGCACAACCUAGACUUCGGCAACGAUCUGCGAGCGCUGCUGAAGGACCAAUACAUGAGACGGUACUUCUACAUCGACGACCUUGUAGUCUAGUCGUUAAGAUGAUGUUCCAAGAAACCAAGAGACUUCUUCCGAAGAAGUCUCUUGGUUAUGCGUUUGCGUUUUUAUUUUCCAUCGAUCCUGUUUCAUCAACUUCAACAUCAAUCAACAAGCAUAAGCAAUGCUGUCACUCUUUUUCUUCUUCUCAAGAAUAACUAACAAUGAGAAUAACUCGAGCUCGACCUUUCCCACAACACAUCGAUCUAUGACAGGCACGGCAUUAUCGAGGUGGCGGGCGCAAAAGUUGGCGACCGGUACUCCGUUAUGAACUGCAGAAGUAUCGUACUAGUAUAAAUCGCAUGACAAAUUAGCUUAGCGUGACAAAUGGAAUUUGUCAUGCUGUUUUACCUUGGGAUGAAGAUUUGUAAUGCAUGACUGCGAUUACUACGAGUGCGAUACUUUUGCACAGGAUAUUCGUCUACCGGGACGUGUUCGAUUCGCUGCCGAACAUGAUGAACACGGUGGAAAGCAUAUCCUGAGUAAAAACGUACCCACACCAGAGUUGUAAUGCAAAUCUGCAUGCUGAAAAUGUUUCUCAUGCGGAGCUCCAUGAGAAGCAUUCUCUAGUCAUGUUUUGCAAUUUGUCAUGCUCCAAUCAGCAUGGUAGGCUAGAUCUGUGAUGCUGCUGAGCUAGCUCAAACAGCACUACACUACGAAUCCAAAUUUGUCAUGCAAAACAGCCAAAACUUGUGGAUUUGAAACAAUAUCAAGUUUGGCACGCUUGGAAAGUGUUCGUGGUCGCGGUGCUGGCGAAGUUAUGGGCGCGCGACAAGGGGUAUGCGGUUAGUAGGGGAUUGCCAGGCACCCUACGUUCAGGUAAGUUCCGUCGCGACUCUGGCGUAAGACCCCCGCCCCCCCUCCCACCCUUUGCUUCUGUUGCAGAAUAAGUCAAGGAGUUGCACUCUGACCGCCACGCACAAACUAAACCUUUAAGUUGUCGCCAGUCAGCAGUGACAAACAACUGGCCAAUGGUUUGACAUCUCCGGUCCGCGGCACUUGCCUUUUUCGCCCGUGCCGCAGGUAAGGCACAAAUGGUCCAGCCUCCCCUGUCCGGGUGGGGUUGCGGCUUAAGGGAGAGUCUCGCCCCUUAGCCCAAAGGGGUGCGUCGUCUCUUCCGUGAGAACAAAAACUUAUGGCGUAAAAUGGGUCGGGUCCUGGGUCGUUCUGUAUGCUGGGCUGUCGCGCUCGGCUUGCUGGCCGGGCUGUACUGAUCAGGUGUGGUGGGUAGCUCCCGACUGGUUGGCACUUUUAAUGGGGCGACUUGCCGUGGUAGCGCUCGGCUUUUGUAUGUUGAGGUUGCCGAAAGUGCUUCCUCGCCCACCCCCCGGGGAGGGGAUCCUUGACCUGUGGCGCUGGGUGCGGGUGUCCACUACAUGACGAUGAUGAUUUGUCUAGCCGAUUCCCCAUCUUGACUCUGGUGUGGGUACGUUUUUACUCAGGAUAAAGCAUGAAGACCGAGCUGCUCAUUGACACGAUUAUGCGCGACCUGGAGGUCAAGCAGAAGCGGCGCGUGCAGGCCGCCGGUGCGAAGGGUGGCGCGCAAGCGGUGGUGACCAAACCUGACGCGAUCCCGGGCGUGGUUGCUUUUGGCAAGACGAAGCCGCCCGCGCGAACCGGCACACCGACGAACAGUAACAAGCCCGGGAUGAAGCAAGGCAGCGCUCCGGGUGGAACAAAGCCCGGAUCCGAAAAGAAGGGCAUCUUGAAGAAGGACAAAGACGAGAAGAAGAAAAAGAAACGUGCGCUGGGCGCUCCUGCCGCCAGCCAGGUACCUUAGUUAAUACAUUUAGGGCAUCACAUUCUAGGUUACGCAGUCAGCAUGCGGGCGCGCAACCUCGUGAGGACCGGGAUGGGGGGACCACCAUCUGUGGCCCCAUCUUUGUACAAAAGGCUCCGACAACAAUCGGAGCCUGUCCGUGACCAAGCCCAAGCGGUGGUCAGCGAGAGCGAGCGGGGAGGCGGCCACCCUCCCGCGGCCGCCACGCGCGCGCCCGCCAAAGCCACGUACCGUAAGGUGAAACCGUCGGCGCCGAUCGUUACGUACAGGUUAGCCCUGGACGACCGGAGCGCGGGUCAAGCCGACCCAAAACCAAGACGAAAGUCUAACGAGGGACACCUCUGUGCGCCCGCCGUAUACCGCCCCGCACCUCUGUGCGACGGUCCCAGCCCGAAACCCCCGGCUUCGGCGGGGGGCUAGUAGGGACUUAGGAUGGAAGGCUGUGAAGUGCGUCGCGUGCAUGAAUCUGACAGACACUACUCCACGACACAUGCAAGAUUGACACACAAAGCGCAAGCAUCACAUACGAACGACACACACCAGCCGACCGUGUGGCACCUCUGUGGCACGGCUAGAUAGGGACUGCGUAGCCACCUGUUCGCACAAUUUGCGCGUAGGGCAAUAGAGAUCUGAAAUCAUGCAGCGACGUGCGUUUGAAUGCCCAUGGAGUGCUACCUCAUUGAUUUUGAGUUUGCCCAUGCACGUGAUCUGUUGAUGCCUCUGCUUCUACUUCUACUACGAAUGCUGAUGGUUAACGUUUUGGCUUGACUUGGAAAUGAAAUGGCUCUGCACUACUUUGGUUUUUAUCCAAACAUUUACCACUUGAUGCCUCUUUGGCUGUUUCGCCACUUGAUGUUUCUGCUUCCGCCAACGAUGACGAUGCUGCCUUUUCAUUUGGAAUUUGUUUGUGGCUCUGGAAUGAUAACAGCGACCAUCUGAUGUGCUUUUAAGUUAAUAGUGCCCUACAACACACUCAUAAAACUCAAAACAAACAUCCGACGCUGAUAGAGCAGCAAAAACUUCUUCCCUUCCUGUUUGGCAAACGAGCUUGCUGAUCAACACCAUACGAAAUGGCGCAACCAGCAACGGCAAAGGAUUACUUCAAGUUCGACGGACGGCUGUCGCUUCAGCCGCUGGGCUCGGAUCUUGCGCAGAAGUUCCGGAACUUCUACCAUGGCUACGACUGUGCCGGCCAGCAGGCAAAAGACGACCUGGGGCAGCUCUGUGAGCGCGUCGUAACUUCGGGGGGUGUGCAGGAGCUGACCGGACUGGACCCGGGCAACGUGUUCCAGCUGGACACGGCCACAAUGACGUUUACACCGGCGCAGGCGGAAGUAGCGGCGAAGAUCUGCAUGCUGCAGUUCUUCAGUGAGCGGCACGCCAACGACGGCGGCCUGUCGAAAGGAUACGACAUGGUCACGAUGCAGAAGAUGAAGGACUACGCCCUGGCGGUGCACAAUCAUCAAAUUGCGGCGAUCAACAAGCCGGGGGCUUGGACGGAACUGCUCAACACGGUCGCAGGGCAGGCCAACGCGUGGCUCGGCGUUGACAUCGACCCGGCAACGACCAUCCUCAUCCACACCAGCAACCAGCCUCCCACACAUCAGGAAGCGAUCAAUGGCAUGCUGGGAAUCCCCAACCCGCCGGUGCCGAACCCGAACCCCAACCCGCCGCUACCGCCGGUGCUGCCGCCGGUGUUGAAUCCGAACCCGCCCGUGCCGGGGCCGAACCCGAACCCGCCAGCUCCGGGACCGAACCCGCCGGCUCCGGGGCCGAGCCCGCCGGUCCCGAACCACAACAACCCGCCGGCACCGCCGCCGGGCGGGGGACAGCAGAAUCUCGCGGGAGGGCCAAACGCCGGCAACCAGCCGGCGUACAUGACCAUCACGCAGUCAAUGGUGGAUGUCCUCCGCAACAUGUCGGGGCAGUCGGUGGCCGCCCCGACGAAGAACAAGGUUAACUAUGACGCCAGCAACCUGCACCCGGACCACGGCAAGCCGGGACAUGGCGAGGUGCACACCCGCACGAUGGGCGUGGUCAAGUUGACAGACCCAGUCAACCAGAUCCAUUGGAAGCUCAACCCGGACCCCCAGACGGCGAAGAGAAAUUACGAGCUUGCGGUCGGACUCUGCUGCGACUUUAACCGCAUGCAGCACUGCCAGGUGGACCACCAUAAUGUCCUGCUGGUGGCGGACUACGUGCAGCUCGAAGGGGGAACCUUUGCGCACAAGUUGGCGGAGGAAAGCCGCCCACACUUCGUCGCCAAGUACAAGCUGGCCAUCCUUCUCGCCGUCCUUAACGGGGUCUACGGAGAGAAUGUGCUUGCGGGUUCUCGGUUGAAGCGCGCAGCCAGUGGCGUCGGGCUGGACGCCACACCGUCCGCGAUCGAAAAGUGGCAAGGCGUGGGCAGCCUGAAUGCCAUGGACGUCAAAACGGUGGAGGACGUGCUGGUGGAUGUCGCGGCCUUGCGCAACACGCGGGGCAAUACGAAGCUGGACAAGGACUUCCUGGCAGGUUGCGACUUCGCGCCGGCCCACGAACUGCUUCAGCUGGUCAACCGCAGCCCGCAGCUGAAGAUCGAGGACGCCCGGCUGGUGAAGUCAGUCUACACCCAAAACCGCUGGAAGCAGGUGGAGGACGCUUACACCGUGAUGAAGCAGUUCAUUGCGGUCCACGACGGGCUGGAGGCCACGGCGGUCACGGAUGCCCUGACCAACUUCAAGGUGCAAAUCAAUGCCAUGAGCAAAACGGACGCCCUUUGGCAUGCCUUGCCCGUUGUGAUCUUCCUGACCCAGCAACAGGAGGAAAUAAUCCGCAUGUACGCGCCGCUAGGCGUCCCGACCCUGGCGGCGCCGAUCCGCAGCGCCAUGUUCAUCGUCAAGCACGCCUGGACCCAGAUCACCGCCCUUGUGCCGGCCCGCAAGGCGAGGUUUGGAACCGUCGCCAACCAGGACAAGGACCAGGGGCCCAGUAGCUCGGACGAUGACACUGUGGAGUCGGGGGACGAACAGGAGAAGAGCGCUGGCAGAAAGCCCCGUGGUGGCAAGCCCACCGCGGCGGAGAAGAAGAAGGCGAUGAAGCGGGAACGCACGACCCGCAGGGGCAACGGGGCGACGCAGCGUACAAAGCCGCCGGUGGAUGACCUCAAGAAGGACGAGAUGUGGGCCCGCAUCGUGGACAACCAUCCCACCGACCACAAUACUGCCAUCAACCGGGUCGGCAAUGGCCCGGACUCGGGGGCCAGCGCACCGAUGCGCAAGAGGGACGUCGCGGACAAGAUCCGCAAGGACCGGGGCGACCCGGUGUACCGCCGCUCUUGGGACAAGGUCGUAGACUGCUGCUGCAUCGAUGGAGUGUAUUGGUUCGUGCGGGGAGGUGGCACGAUCGAGCCCUCCUGCGUGGCGGAGAGCGAGAAGGCGGAGUGCGGCUCGCCGGACUCCUUCUGCCGAGCGUGGUCCAACCACAAGUGCAACCGCAGCGGAAAGUGCGAACGCCACCACUGGCUGAAGGUGAAAAUCGAGAAGAAAGCGUGGAAGGAAGUCGUGCUGUCGCAGCGGGGGAACUAGUCAAUGGGGCUAGCUCUAGGCAUGGCCUUACCGCCUCACCUCUGUGGGACGGGCCGCCACCUCGACUACCUCUGUAGCGAGUGCCGCCACGCUUUCCACCUCUGUGGGGCGGGCCGUAAUACAACCACCAACGGGGUACCCAGACGCGCAGUACGCCUGGAGCGCAAACGUGUUUCAUGUAAGUACUCGCACGCACCUUGAGCCACAAAUUGAACACAUGCUGCCCACAGGUUGUUUUUGAAAAAAUUAAAAAAAUUCAACGCGCUCGGCACUAGCUUCGUGUGGGGGCAGAACACGUAGCAGGCAGGCGCGCAGCACCCGCGCAACCGCGUACGACGUUGGUAGCAGGGCACCUCUGCAGUUUCUAAGCGUAAACGGCCCGCCACCCUUGUGUGGCAUCCUCGUACGUUUUUGUUGGUUCCCGAAACAUGAAAAUGGACAAAUUCCCACCCUUUGCAGUAACAUGAGUUGAGUUUCUAAGCGUAAACGGCCGUGGCCCUUUUGUGCGGUUUUUUGCUGGUUCUCGUAACAUGAAAGUAGAGAAAUUCCCACGCUUUGCAGUGACAAAAACCGAGUUUCUAAGCGUAAACGGCCCGACACCCCCGUGCCGCAUUUUCGUACGAUUUCGUUGGUUCUUAGAACACGGAAGGAGACAAAUAGCGACCCUUUGUAGUGUUAGCCUUUUAGUCUCCAAGCGUAAGCGGGCCACGUUUGUUGUAACUCGUUUGGCCCUUCUUUGCAAUUAAACAGAACAAAGCAGGAGCACAGUAGAUGCGGCCGCACUCCGCGUUUGCGGCGGUUGCCACCCGGCCGGACGCCAACCCCUUCGCCACGCAGGCCGCCGCGGGCCCUGAAGCUGCGACGCCGGGCACCGAGGAGUACCAGAAGCUACUCGAUGCGGGCCUGGACGCGACAGUCAACUCCGCGGCCACACUGGAGAAGCGGGAACGGGUCUGGAAGCAAUUUCUCCGCUACUGUGCCGCGAGGGCACCGCCAGUGCUUCCGGGCAACAUUGAAGUGAGUCACUUCCGGUACUUCGGGCUGCAGCUGGCCGCCGACGGGGCGCCCAGUCCGAAUGACACCAUGGGGCAACUCAUCAUCAAGGCGAUGGACACACCCAACGCCCUAGCACCGGACACGGCGGGGAUGCGGGUGAUGGAAUUCGCCCGCUGCCGCAGGGACGUGAAAGCCGCCACACAAAAGAACGACCCGACGCGAGCCAUCCCGGCAUUCCUCACUGCAGAUUUCACAACACUGCCGUGGCGGGCGGUGAAGCAGCUCGCGCUCAUGAUGCAGCUGGGCACGCGCAUGGACACAAACUGCGCCAUUCUGCCGGAGGACCUCCGCUACGAGCCCGACCGCCUGCUGGUCUAUAUUCGCACGGACAAGGUGCGUAGCAUGGAGAAGCGCACUGUGGCCAUCGGUUGCAACUGUGCGCAGGAGGGUAGCAACGUCGACCGGCAGUGGUGCCUCCUCCACAACGACGCGCUGCGACCGGUGCCCCUGCCCAUUCUGCUGAGCGAGUGGGGCGACGGGCAUGGCAACGCAAAGCAGAAGAAGUUCCUCCAGCUCAUGGGCUGGACACAGCAGAGCUUCCGCCGCUACCAAGCGCUAGCAGCCCGGUACUACAUCGAAAGGCGCAUGCUUACCUUCGACCUGACCGGCUGGAUGCGGGGCCGGGGCUGGGGAAAACUCAGCACCUUCCUGCGGUACUCGGGGGAUUUUAGUACCUGGAAGCACUACUUCGCGGAGCGCGCGAAGUGCAUGCCGGUGCUGGGCGCCAUCCGGCCGCAUGCCGUGGCAUCGGUGAAGCAGCUGGCCGCUCACCUACGGUUUUCCGGCGACGUCGUCUUCAAGGAUGCAGCCGGCGGGAGCGACCAGGAGUACAGUGGGUCAGACGGUGAGCCGGGGAAGCCGGCGGGGCAGGCACAAGAGGGACGGAAGCGCAGCAGUGUGCUGUGCGAGGAAGCGCUGGAUCCAGUGGAAGACGAACCGUUCUUCAGCAAACGGGGCAAAUCGGCGGUGCCGAAGCCGCACUACCUGAAGGUGCCGCAUGGACUGCCGCCAGGAGUUGCGCCAGCCCUCCAGCUGGCAAGCGCGCCAGCACCCUCCACGGCCCGGCCCAUGAAGACCAAGGCCGCGACGCACAGUAACCGCUCCACCGCUGGAACCAGACCCGCACUACCGGCCGAGAAGGUCGCCAGCGGCAACCUCUUCAUGCACCAGGGCAGACAUUACGUGAAGCGGAUGGAAGUCUGCCCUGCCUGCCCUCCACAUAACGUCACGAACCGCAAACACCUACGAGAGCCACCCUGUUUACGCGACAAAGCCGGCAAGAUUCGCAUGGCGGAGUAAAGCCACAGGGCGGCGGGAUCCGGAUGGAGGCACCAGCCACGCGAACUUGGAUUUGAUGCAGCCUCCGCUGCGCCCGGUGUUGCCACCUCCGUGGAACACUGGAACACGGCCCGGGCCACCUCUGUGGCCGGGCAGGGGGACGCCUCGCUGCCACCUCUGUGGCACGGGCGUCACGGUGUGGUCCUCGCUGUGCGCCUCGCUGCUGUAGAGCACGGUUUGAAUACUGGAACUUGCGAACGCUACAGACCCGGACCUUUUCUCGCCAUUGUGAAGGGUGUGACUCACCAGACAGUACAGAAAUAAACGCAGGAACUCCGGCGCCCCGACCACCCCAGCAGCGGGCAAUUUGUGGAAGAUUUGUGUUCCGACGAACGGAUCACGUGUGAGCAGAGAUCAGCACGGCAAAUUUGUAUCAAAAUGAAAUGACUCAAUCAGGUACCAGCAGGGCGGAAACGUGCGCUGGGCGCUCCUGCCGCCAGCCAGGUACCUUAGUUAAUACAUUUAGGGCAUCACAUUCUAGGUUACGCAGUCAGCAUGCGGGCGCGCAACCUCGUGAGGACCGGGAUGGGGGGACCACCAUCUGUGGCCCCAUCUUUGUCACCCCGUGGCCAGCCCUCGCCUUAGAUAGUUAGGCCCAGGUAAGCGCCUAUACUUAGUUUGUGUUUUGCCGGGCAGUUUCCUAACCCGAUGCACGCCCCGAAGGCGGGGCGCGAGUUUAAAAAGAGCAGCCCCGGAGCCUCCGCUACGAAUCCCGCUGGUAGGGUGAAGACCAACGGGCGGAAGCCUCCCAAGCUGCCCUCCCUGCACUGCCGCCCUGUUUGCAGCGACCAACGGCGCGCGCGGACCGACCAGCGCGCAAAGCAGUAUGUUUGCGUGCUAUUUGAGAUCCUCGCGUUAGCGUACUUUCACGGCCUUUAUUGCGUGCUACAAUUCCCUGGACCUCCGUGUUGUUGUUGCCCAUGACUUGCAUGAAAGUUCGGUAGGAGCUCUUAGACCCUCGCGCAUGUCACUCGUAGACAGUUAACUUCGGCCAGCAUCUGUAUCCCCUUGAUCCGCAGUGUGGCGGUUGUGUUUCUACUAAACGACAGGUAUAAUACCAAAACAUGGUCCACCCGACCUGCCCGGCCUCUCCGCCAGAAGGCCCGGAGACAUUCGCACGGCCGUGCACGCAGCUGGCGCAUGCGAUCUACGAGGCGGUGCGAUUUGUGCAAGCGGCGAUUGUCAUCGAUAAAGCGGCCACAAGACUGCGGGACCGGCUCAAGCAGAACAUGCGGGACGCAAAAACGUCACCGUUCCACUGGAAGGAACGCCUCCGCACCGCCAUCAUUGAGCUCAAGGAGGUGCAGGCCCGCACGGAGGGACCAAAUAAGCAGUUGGUGGAGCAAGACGCUCCGCAGCACCUUCGUCCGGUUCUGACCAUGGACGGCAUCACCCGCAAUGUUCUCGCAAUGCGGGAGCUGAUCGCCCUCAUAGGGCACCCGGACGUCGACUUCCCGAACAGGGUGCUCAAGGGCUUUGAGUCGAUAGGCAACACCGACGCAACGGGCCUCUUCCCAGACGACCCGAAGGCCACGCUGCAAGGACCUGACGACGCCGCGCUCUUCUUCCAGGCCGGGGUAACCCUCCGGACGCACAAGCCGUCCGGCUUCCCCGACCACUUACUCGAUGCCGUACUAGACGAACAACUCGCAUUCGUAAAACGCGGGUGGAGCAUCCCGGUGGACCCGGAAAAACUCAUAUGCCAGCCGGCAUAUGUAUUUCCAAAAGAUGAGUCCACGGAAGUGCGGCAGAAGGUGCGCUGCAUCGUGGACAGCCGGGCGAAGAACGAGCACUCCGUCCUGCGGGAGAAAAUUUCUCUCUAUGGCACGAGAGUGCUGCAAGAAGUGCUCGCGGGGCUGAUGGCGCCCAUCGGACAAGAGGGCGCGGCGGCACGCAUGCCGGUCACCACAACGUCGCGCGGGGCCAAUGCCAGCAUGCAAGAAAAUCUGGCCGCCUACAAACAGUGGCAGGCCGACGGGGAGCAGCGCAAGCCAGCCACGCGGGCCCAGUUACUCGCCGGCGUCCGCGAGGCCAACGACCUCCUGCAGGAGGAAGCCACCAACCACAACGGCGUGGCGGAGGCCGGCUCGGAGGACGUCUCCAAGGCCUACCAUCAACUGGGGGUAAGCAGGCCGGACCACUGCCCCAUCGGGGUUUGGUCGAACUUGAAGGCGGCUUAUGUUUAUUUUUUGUCGGUGGUGUUGAGUUUUGGCUGCCUGCACUCCGUACCCAACUGGGUCCGUGCGGCGGAGCUUUGUAUGGCAAUCGGCAUGCACUAUGGUUUAAUAACAAUAAUAUACGUAGACGAUGCUUAUUUCUUCGCAUUAGAUCGUGAAGGCGCCGAGCUGUCCCGGGCCCUCUUCCGGCAGAUUGCGGCGACUUUGGGCAUCGUCCUCAGCACCAAGCCGGGCGCGCAACAGCUCUCAACAGAGGGCAACUUCCUCCGAGCCCUGGGCAUCCACUACCAGUGGCACAGGUCCGCGACCAACACGACCAUCCGCAUCACGGUACCAGCGGAAGCGAUCACCAAGGGCACCGCCGCCAUUGACGCCCUCUUGCAAGAGACCCACAGCGGCAAGAUGGUGCUAAAGUCGGUCCAGCGGGUCCUGGGCCUUGGUAACUACAUCGUCUGCAAUACGUACUUCCGGGCGGGCUCGGAGCUUUUCCGGCACCUGUACGACUGGGCGGUGGCGGACCGCUUUGAGCGGAUGCGGGGCGACCGCAAACAGCGCCGCCAGCUGCAGUCCGUCCUGCUCGCAGUGAAGUCCCUUCUGCAGGUGGUGGUCCCCAUCGACAUCUCAAAACAGCCACGGCAGUCCCGCAUCGCCUUUAUGUGGCUGGAUGCCUCGUCCGAUGGAUCGCCAAGCGGCGGGCCGAUGGGGGGCGGGGUCCUCGUCACGACGGAGGGCGUGUUUGCGUUCUCGUACGAAUUCCCGGUAGACCGGAUCGCCCGGUGGUGGCCGCACAAGCUAACCAUCGAGCACUACGAAACCAUGACGGCCAGAAUCGCGCAACUCACCUGGCGCCGCCACCUCACCGGCGCGGCGGUCUUCGGCAAGAUCGACAAUAGCGGGGAGCUCUUCGCGCUGGUCAAAUGCAGCGCCAAAAGCCAGCUCACCGCCAACCUGGCCGCCAACGUCGCCGUGGCCGCGCACUCGAUGCGCAUGGCAGUUUGGUGGGAAUACGUGAAAAGCGAGCUGAAUAUCAGCGACCCGUUCACCCGGGCCGCCCUCAUGCCAGAAGCAAUCCGCACAUUGCGGCCCACCAUGUGCCACAUUCCGGAGAUCGACUGGCAGCGCGAGUUUGCCCCACCGCAACUCCCGCAACCUUACGCACUCCCGGAGGAACGCCCAACGAAGGCACGGAAGUGCAAGAAGAACUGAAGCACGCGACAGGCGCGUGCUCACAGCACAACUUGAGCCUGAGUCAUGUCCUGACGUCUCUGACGCGAACUCUCUUUUUCUGUAUGUAGCAGCACGAUAGUGAUAAGCUUAGUUUCCAGCAGGUGCGUGGAGUUCCUCCUCGACGACGCAGUGGCCGGCGAGCCACCAAACCCGGCCUACCACCGGUACCGGCAACCCGUCACCGCCCGUCGCAACCUCUGUUGUGGUGAACUUGGAUUUGAUGCAGCCUCCGCUGCACCCGGUGUUGCCACCUCCGUGGAACACUGGAACACGGCCCGGGCCACCUCUGUGGCCGGGCAGGGGGACGCCUCGCUGCCACCUCUGUGGCACGGGCGUCACGGUGUGGUCCUCGCUGUGCGCCUCGCUGCUGUAGAGCACGGUUUGAAUACUGGAACUUGCGAACGCUACAGACCCGGACCUUUUCUCGCCAUUGUGAAGGGUGUGACUCACCAGACAGUACAGAAAUAAACGCAGGAACUCCGGCGCCCCGACCACCCCAGCAGCGGGCAAUUUGUGGAAGAUUUGUGUUCCGACGAACGGAUCACGUGUGAGCAGAGAUCAGCACGGCAAAUUUGUAUCAAAAUGAAAUGACUCAAUCAGGUACCAGCAGGGCGGAAGGAGGAGAAAAAAGCAGAAGAGCCGAAGCGCCCACCUUCCACCGGGGAGGAAACCAAGGUGUCUAUCGGGAUCUUGUCCAAGGUGAAAAAGUGGGCACACAAGCAGAGCACUAUGUCGUCCUGGGACGAUGUGGAGGAGGAUGAGGUGGACGAGGACGAGCUGGAUCUGGUAAAGGAGUCGCAGAAAAACGCGAAGUUCCGCUUGGGGCUGCAAAUCCGGACAAAUCUGGACGAAGACGCGGCCGGAAACGACGCGCGGAAGCUGUCUCUGCGCCAGCGGUGGCGCAUGGAAAUCCGGGACAUGGACAUCGUCGCCAUGAAACGCGACAAGAGCGACGGGCUCGAGUCGUUUGACGACAUCAAGCGGCACGUGCAGCAGGGACGCUUUUUCGUUGGUUAGUGGCGAGCAGCGCUCGACCUUCUGCUGUGUGUUGGCUUUGUUUUGCGUAUCGUUUCUAUCUCAGCCGAUGUGGCACGAAGAUUUGACAUUUGUUUGACGUUUGGACAUUAUACUACAUUCAAAUACGAUUCAAGUUUCUCGAAGUAAAAGUACAGUUCCUAGAAAAUUCAGAUACAUAGUACAAAAAAGCGCUGCUCUGUUAUAUAAAAAUUGCAGUUGAUGAACGCGAUGAUUAUGAUAUACAACAACCACUUGUAGAAUAUGAUUUGGAUGGCGAUGGACGCAUACUAGCUUUAGUCGUUCGUUGAACAUGUACACCACUGUUUGAAUGCAUACGGGAAAAAGAAAAGCAAUACAUAGUCAUACCAUUACCGACGAGCUGCAGUACAGCACUUUUAGUAAAGGACAUUUUGAAGAUUUUCGAGCUCAAGACGAGCGGGCAGACGUGUACUUACUUCGC